AUGGCAGAGAUCACCAGCGCUUUACAGGAACGACAGGAGGCAAAGGAAUACCCUAUCCUCUGGUGGACAGAAUGGUUCGGCGAGAGAGUCGAGGAAGGCAAGGUCGUCAACUACUGUGGUCUGCCUUACACUUGUAAAUUUACUCUGGAUAAGGCCAAGUACGAUGAGACCAAGGUCGUCAUCAUCCAUGCAUCCAGCUUCGAGCCCAACGAUGUUCCUAAUCUUCAUGAUGUCAAGUCGGGAAAGAAGGCUCUCGUCCUCAACACUCUCGAGUCGCCCAAGCCCUUCCAGAUCAAAUCAGAGUGGACAAGUAUCUUCACCCACUUAUGGUCCUACUCAUUCAAGGCGGACUUUGUGGCGACCUACUUUGUGACAGGACGAGGACCAGGAACAUUCCUCGACUACAUCCUCUCCAAACCAGUGUACACCAUCCAGGAGAAGAACGACUUUCGAAAGGAUUUGGCACCCGUCGCAUGGAUCGUCAGCAGCUGUGAGGCGCAUAACAAACGCCACUUUUUUAUUAAGCAACUGUUGAAGUACAUUAACGUCGACAUCUAUGGUCACUGUAUGAAGAACAAAGACUGGCCAAUGCAUCCAGAUGGACGGUCAUUCUCGGAUCGCGAGGUCGUGGCACGGUACAAGUUCUACCUCAGUCUCGAGAACUCCAACUGCGACGACUACGUGACCGAAAAAAUCGAACGCCCAUACGCCGUGGGAGUCGUUCCCAUCCUGGACGGACCCAAGGAUUACUCCCGCUUCCUGGCGACCAACCACUCCUCUCUCCGACUAGACGACUUUGCAACGCCCGAACAGCUCGCCCUCCGCAUUCACCAAUUGGACCAGGAUGACAACGCCUACUUGAAAUAUUUGGACUACAAGGACCCCGCCAACCCAGUCGACUCGCUGCUCAAUCCAAGACUACUCGAGACCUUUGAUGUUCCUCAGGGGACUUUAGGACCGGACGAUCUGGGAGCUCGUUGUGGGUUGUGCAAGCUGGCGCACGGCAUGACGGAGGGGACGUACCAGUUGACCCCCAACAAAGUCAUUGGGCCCGACCCGACUUGUUACUCCAUGAAGUGGGGGUACAUCAGUUGGGCCGCCGAAUAUUAUUGGUGGAUUAUUGUCUUGGUGGUCCUGGGUAUCUUUGCAGCCGUCACUGUGAUCAUCGCCUGUAGCAAGAGCCGCAGGGCCCGUAGGUCGCUCCUGGCGCUCAAGUACAACCUGACACCUGCUAGAUGGAGAGAGAAGAGGAUGCCCGAUGAUCACUUGAAAAUGGAGGAUUAUCAGCUUCUUGCAUCGCAAAACGAGCACUAG